AGCAGCAUGCGCGGGACCAUGUACUCCACCAAACAAGUUUUCUUCGGGCUCAUUUCGCAUAUGUAAAGAUUUCAAAAACGUGCCCAUCUACAUAAGCCGUACCCGCCUGCUUUCGGAUCUUUCUCGGCCUUCCAGCGCAGCUCGUCGUCAGCCCACAAGUCAGUAGCUUUGAGAAGCUUGCCGAGUAAAGCAGUUCAUUCCCGCCCUGGUUCAAAUACUCAGAGACCUCAUCAGUAUGCAGUCUUUCACAUCGCUAACCUUUUUAGUGACGCUCUUGAUUGGGCUAAGCUAUUGCGAUGUGUCUCACGUGUUGCAACCAGUUAUUGUGGAAGAUGAAGUCACCACUCUUCCACCUCCUCCGAAACCUUACGCAUUUGGGUAUGUGGCUGGACGUUAUCCUGGACACGUAGAUCGUUCACAUAGCGAAGCUUCUGAUGGAAGUGGCGUUGUCCAAGGAUCGUUUUCCUACGUUGACCCCAGAAAUCAAGUCCGCACGGUGGAGUACAUUGCCGACGCUCACGGAUUUUAUCCCCGAUUGAGUCACGAACUCAAAUCCCCCGAACAAACCGAAGCAGUUCAACGUGCAGCGAAUAAACAUUUUGCGUUGUAUGCAAAGAUCGCGGAAGAACACGCCAACCCCCACCACCGGGCCGUCGAACCGUCGCUCCCGAGAGAUACAGUGGCCGUGUCCAAGGCCAAAGACCGACAUUUCACGCUGUACGAGAAGAUCGCCCAUGAGCAUGCCCAAAUUGCAGCGCAACGCGAAGCCGAACGGAUCGCUUUCGAGGCUACUUCGGAAGUCAACGGUUUGCACUAAAGGUGUGAAACUCGAGCUUCGCAUGGAAAGUGCAAAACCGGUGUAUGACUGACGAAAACGAAUUUUCAAGGACACUCAACUAAUGAUCGUGUGCCUUUCUAACUGGACCAUAUUAAUCAGUGUAAAUAUGUAAUUUGUUAAUUAGGAGUUCCCUCAAGUGAAAACUAAUUGAAAACAGAGUGCAAUUUGGCAUAAUAAACGUAAUGAAUCUAAUAAUUGAA